AAAUACAUUUUUGCUUCAGUCCAAAUUUUUAUGAGACGCAGAGGUGAAAGAUGCUCCCUUUGAAGGUGGAGGCGGGAAAACUGAAAGUUUUAGCCAGCCUACCGCGCGGGGUUGCGCUUUUUUGCCCUCCUUCAUCUCUCUUCCGCUUCUGAAGUGGCUACGUGUAGGGAGACGAGCCCUAAUAUCCAGCGGCAUCUAGUUUGGUGUGAACUUAAAGAUCUUUACUCCCUCCUUCUCGCUUGGAGUGAAGGCUUGGAGGCUGACUGAGAGGGAAGUCGAAGGUCUGGAGAUGGCGACUUUCGAGACCAUCAACCGACUGCUCAACCCUUUCGUCCUCCAUCUGAAAAAGAUGGAGUUGGAACUAAACUGCCCGACCUGCUUGAAGGUUUUGAACCUGCCGAUGUUACUGCCUUGUGAUCAUAUUUUGUGCAGUGAUUGUAGUGAAAUCUCAGCAAAUGAUGCAUACAGUUGUCCUGAUUGCAGAUUACAUUAUGAACGAAAAGAUUUGAGACCUGCCACACAUAUUGACAGAUUUCUCACUAUUUACAAAAACAUGAAUUCUGCAAUAUCAACUUUGCAGCAAAGUUCUUCUUUUGACUUUUCUGACUUGGAAGUACCGUUUACUAGAACUCCCGUUUCAUGUGACAACCAUGAUAACAAAAAGCUUACGAAUAUUAUUGGAGCUGAAAGUUUUGUCGAUCAAGGACAACUAAGUCCUCCAACUGAUAAUUUUAGAGAUUCUGAUAGUGAUAGUUGGGAUAAAGAAGGGCAAAUUGGUGCAAAGAGGAAGUUUGCAGAUAUGUUACCAGAGGACGGGCCUACCUGUGGGACUAAGCAUGCAAGGUUUAAUGACUCCGUAGGGUCAAUGAAAGAUCAGUUGAAAAAUGCCUCAAUCUGUGGACAUACAAACGUAGAAUUGGAUGAAGGAAAUACAAUUAUGAAAUGCGUAUUCUGUGAUUCCUUCAGAACUACUGAGGCUUCUGGAGGAAUGCUGCAUUUUUUGAAUGAAUUACCGGUAUGUGGUGAUCAAAUCUCACAGCCAGAUGUCGUGCAUGUGCAUCAGAAAUGCAUAGAUUGGGCUCCUCAAGUAUAUUAUUCUGGUGAGAAGGUUGUAAAUUUGGAGACUGAAAUUUCACGUGCUUCAAAGAUUAAAUGCUCCAGCUGUGGGUUGAAGGGCGCUGCCCUUGGUUGCUAUAUCAAGAGCUGUAAGAGAAGCUUCCAUGUACCAUGUGCUUAUAAUAUACUAAAAUGUCGUUGGGACACUGCAAACUAUCUUGUGCUCUGUCCUAAUCACGCUUCAAGAAAACUGCCUUGUGACAGAACAAAGCCCAAGAAUUCCAAGAGUUCUUUAGCAAAGCCUUCGGUUUCAUCAGCUUGGAUGUCUUCUUCUAGUGUGAGUAAGGAUUGGUUGAUUUGUGGAUCUGAUCUCUCUAAGGAGGAGAAGGUAAUUAUGGAGGAGUUUACGAAGCUGAGUGGUGUGCCUGUAACUUAUCAAUGGAAGCAGAACGUGACCCAUGUCGUUGCUGCUACUAAGGAUGAUGGAGCCUGCAUUAGAACAAUGAAGUUUCUCAUGGCGAUUCUGAAUGGAAUGUGGGUUCUAAAUGUGGGUUGGAUUAAAGCAUGCCUGGAAGCUGAGCGCCUUGUUCCAGAAGAGAAUUAUGAGAUCACUCAUGAUAUUCAUGGCUGCUAUGAUGGUCCUAAAAGUGGAAGGAUUCGAGCUAUGCAGCAGCAGUCUCCAAAGCUGUUCAACAGAUUAGCUUUCCACUUCACCGGCUUCACGGAACCUUCCUACAAAUCAAAUCUGGAAAGACUGGCAACCGAAGCUGGAAGCAAGGUUUUAAGCGCGUUAGAGUUGCAGAACUGGAGCUCCUCAGCUGCUGGAGUACAGACUGAAAACAAAAUAAUUGUUUAUUCUGUUGAGUCUUCAAUGGAUGUGGAUCCCCUGAAAAUGGACAGAGUAUUACAGGAGAGGCUGGAAGUUGCUGAAGCAUUAGCUGUGAAGGCAGCAGGAACUGUAGUUCGCCAUACAUUGUUCCUUAAUGCUAUUGCUGCUGAUGAUGUGCAGAUGUUGUAUGAAAUAUUGUGAUGGAACUCUAGGGGUGGAUUUGUAAAAUUUUCUUCGCUAUUUUGAAUGGAUCUCGUUUGAACUAUUAUAUAU